AUACCAGGGUGCGCUUCGAUCAUAUCGCGAGAUCUUUAAGACUCUCCUGCCUAUACCGCUGAUGUCGUCGCGAGAACGGAGUGACUUGCGUGAAAUAAUCCGGUGUUGGUCUCCGAGGCUAACCAGCUAUCAUGGGGAACAUUUUUGGCAACCUUUUGAAGAGCCUCAUUGGGAAAAAGGAGAUGCGGAUUUUAAUGGUCGGGCUGGAUGCAGCUGGGAAGACCACAAUCUUGUACAAACUAAAACUGGGAGAGAUAGUGACUACCAUUCCUACUAUUGGUUUUAACGUGGAGACUGUUGAGUAUAAAAAUAUCAGUUUUACAGUGUGGGAUGUUGGUGGCCAGGACAAAAUCCGACCUCUGUGGCGUCACUACUUCCAGAACACACAAGGUCUCAUCUUUGUGGUGGACAGCAACGACCGUGAGCGAGUGAAUGAAGCCAGAGAAGAGCUGAUGAGGAUGCUGGCAGAGGAUGAACUGAGAGACGCUGUACUCCUUAUCUUUGCCAACAAGCAGGAUCUGCCAAAUGCCAUGAAUGCUGCAGAAAUUACAGAUAAGCUGGGUCUCCACUCCCUGCGCCAUCGUAACUGGUACAUCCAGGCCACUUGUGCCACCAGUGGAGAUGGUCUAUAUGAGGGUCUGGACUGGUUAGCCAAUCAGCUCAAGAACAAGAAAUGAGAAACAGAAGCAGACCGGAUCCAAGAGGAGCCGGGGUGGGCGAAGAGUCACCUGAGUGGCAGCUCAUCAGGGAGCACCAGUGGUUUCCAAGUUUCUUUCAUUCUGUUUACAAGCAGAGACCAACAGGAUUUGGGUCAUUUCAGACCGUUUAACCCCUCGCUAUGUCUCACCUAACAGAUCUGUGAGAUGAUUGGGGAAGCACCCAUGAUUCAUAUUCAUAUUUCCUAGUGAAGUUAGACAUGUUUUGCUGUUCUCAUGUGAUUUUAAACAUCUCAGUUUCUUGUGUCUCUACACUGUAAAUAUAUAAAAGACAGAAACGGGGAGUGAAUGAAAAGCUUUUACUUAUAUUAAUAUUGUGGGAGCAAAUCUUAAAUGCAGGUCAUUUAAACUAUAUUAACUACACUGAUAGAUGAGAAACCUGUUGAUUCAGUUUCCCAAAAUAUUUAAAUAAAAUCAAGUGAAGUGUUAACACAAUGAAGAAACAUGUUGUGCGUUUUGCUACAGUGGUGUCGUUUUGCUACUGAAAAUUGAAUAUGCAUUGUGAUUUAUUAUUAGCAUAUCAGCCAGACUUCAUGACUGUCAGUGUUACAGACAAAGUGGUGAUGAUGCUCUUAUUGCAUGUAUUCACACAAUAACCAGUGUCUCUGCACAGGUUGCUGAGCAAGCUUUGGUAAGUGCUGAAUGUAAAUAGAUCUGAAUGUAGAGCUCUUGUCUUGGCAUGCAUAUUUUGCAAACGAUUAAAUAGCACAUUGUUCCGUUUUCAAGAACUGUUUUUCUGUGCUUAUAUUGUUCACUACCCAAGCUGCUGUUCUGUUGUGUAGCUAAUUGCGUUUGUUUCACCCAUUGCACACUGUCGUCUGUGUCACGCCGUGCAGACAUGCUCAUUGACUCUGUCCUUGCAUUCGUGUUAGUUACUUCUUGCUAGUGUUGUAUGGGCAGAUCUGAGGAGCUGAACAAGAGCUGAUCUCUAUAGACCUCUGACAGGAAAGAUUGUCAAAGCGACUUUACAGUAGACGCAGGUACUAAUAGACUCAAGUAUUUAUGGCUGUGUGUGUAUGCUCAUGAAUGACUAAGUGUGUUUAUAUAUUACACGCUUAAUAAAGCAUGCAUUUAGAUCA